AUGUGCUCGUUCAGGCACUUUGGAAUUAAGAUCGACAUCGAUGCCGACCCAAUGUGGUGCUUUCGGUUGAUCGUAUCACAGGAAAUGUGCCUUCAUGCAAUUCUGCUCUUAGCCUCAGCUUCAAACGACCUUGCAUCCCAGAAACCAUUGUCGAAAACGUCAUACCGCCACCUACAGCGGACUUUGCCGCUUCUAAAUCAAAGGCUUUCUGAUCCAAAUGCGUAUACAGAUGAUAUGGUUCUCUACGUGAUUGGAAUUCUAGCUUCGAUGACCAUUUUCUUCAAAGAUUAUGAAUCUGCGCAAGUACACGCAGCCGGCAUUUCAAAAAUAAUGAGACUUCGUAAGAAGUUUGGUGUCGAACCAAAACAAAAAUCCAUGAUACUACUGUCGGUUGAUCGUUUGAACUUCUGUGGCUCUCUAGCCACUGAUCUAUGGACACCGGUGUAUAACGAAUUGAAUUGGAUCCAGCCAGCUGUCCCGGCCCAUAUCAUACAUUUACACGCUUCGUACAAUAUGCUCCCACUAGAUGACUAUCUUGAUUCGGAGUUGGCGAAUGUCUUCCGGAAUCUCCAGUACCUUAGCAUUCUCUUCAAUGAGCACUUCUGCAGGAAGACAGCCCUCGACGGUACGGUUCUUCACGAAUACCUGGAAUAUAUACAAUCCAGUCUUGUCAACUUACUACCAAGCCCGAGGGACAGUUUACAAAAUUGUGUUUACCAAGGGAUGAUGGCAUUUCUCGCAACAACCUUUCGGCUGCCUGGAUCGUACACACACCCUAGCUGCCAUAGCGCAGCAGCAAAGCUCCGAAGAUGCUAUGUUGAGGCCAGGGCGUCAAUGGAACGUCUACCUACAAUUGUAGAGAUCUGGUUGAUAUAUACCUGUCUCUUGUCUACUGAAAAUAUGGAUGAGGUGUUUGAUGAAAUCAUAAUUGGAACGAGAUGGGAAUUUUCAGAUUUACGACGUUCCUCAUGGGAAGAAACUCUCCUAUUAUUGAAGCGAGUGAUGUGGAUAGAUGCCUUCCAUGAUAAAGUCGGAAGGAAGACGUUCGAAAGAUUGACGACUCGGACUCAAGCCAGCUAA